UACAAAAUUCUAUUGUCUGUAUUAAUUUAUCUUGUUUAAUAAUAUAAUCUUAUAAGAAAGAAUGCAAACAAAUGAAUGUGUAAUACGAAUACUUAUAUAGUUAAGGAAAGUUCUUACUGUCAUUACUAAUGAAAAAAAAAUGACGGAAAUACAACUUGCAGAUGAGAAUACAAAUCUACGAAAUUGGCAUUCCAUUAAAGACGAACAAAAUGUUCUGGUACAUGCAUGUAAGGAAGGACAAUUAAAUAUAAUUGAAGAGCACCUUAAAGACAAUGAUAUAAAUGAUGUGUUAAGUACCGGUUGGACUCUACUUUUACAUGCUGCAUCAUUUUGUAAUAUUAAAUUAAUCCAAUAUCUUUUGGAACGUGGAGCUGAUGCUAAUAAAAAUAAAGAUGGAUUCACACCAUUAAUGGCAUUAUGCAAUUCUACAAAUGGAUCAACAGCAGAAUGUUCCACCUGUUUAUCUCUAUUAAUUAAAGCAUCGGAUUCUGUAGAUGUAGUUGAUAAUCACAAGCAAACAGCUUUAAUGCACGCUUGUAAAACAAAGGAUGUAGAAAAUAUUAAGGUAUUACUAAAGCAUGUACUAUAUAUUGAUAUUCAGGAUAAACAAGGUUAUACCGCCUUAAUGUACGCUGUCUUAAGGAAUAAUGUAGAAAUAGUAAAAUUACUUCUUGAUUAUAACGCUAAUCCCUUAAUUAAAAAUAAUUUUGGUGACACUGCUAAAGAUAUAGCAGAAAUAAAAGAAUACAAGAAGAUUUCUAUGCUAUUCAAGGGAGAUGAUAAUUUUACAGUUACAUAUACAACAUCCAGAAUUAAUAAAUGGGAACAUUUAUUUUUUAAAUUGAAUCCUACUAAAAAUCAGGUUGUUAACAUCAAUAUACUAAAUGUUUUGAAUGCAAUGGAACUACAUUACUAUAUUAACCAUUUUCAAGGAAUGGAAUUUGAAACAUUUUUAAAGUUAACAGAACAAGAUCUUAUUAAUUUAAAAAUGGACAUUAGUAUCCAUAGAGAUCGACUUUUAAAGUAUUUGAAUUAUUUUCAUUGCUUACCAUGGGAUCAUUCCACUUUAAAAGAAAUGAUACGUCAUUAUAAAGAAUGUAGAGACAUGAUUGAAAUUAUGGCUUUAAUGGCACGACAAAUUCUAAUUAUGACUUCUACUUUUCAUUUUAUACGAUUAAAUAUAGAUAAUGAUUUUUUUGAUGAUAUAUUUGUCGAUGAUAUACAAAUAUUUGAAUAUACAGAAAAAAUUAAAAGCAUUGAAGAAACAGUUGUUACUCUAAAAAAUAGACUUUUGCGUAUAAAAACUGUUGCAGAUGAGAUGAACGUAAAAAAUUCUUUAAAAAUACCUCCCUGUUACAUUGGACCAAAAGUAGUUAAAAAAAGUUACUUCAAACCUAUUAUGUUGAGUAUGCUAUUAGUUUAUGGAAUAUAUUUUACUAAAGUAAGAAUUUGCAAGUAAAGUACCAUUGAUAAUAACCAGGAAAAAAGUUAACAGUAUUAUCUUUUUUUUUAUUAUAUGCUAUUAAAGUAGACAAUUUCUUUACAGUAAUUAUCUUUUUUUUUAUUAUAUGCUAUUAAAGUAGACAAUUUCUUUUUUUUAUACAAUAUAAAUACGAAUCUCAUAUUCUUUAUAAAAUCUUAUUAUUAACUACAUUUACAUA